AGUGUUGCAUUGAUUAAUGGGUGCAGACUCGGCCUAUAGGCGAGCACGCUCUGAUUCUGCGUGUUGUCCUUCUGCCCGUCAUGGCUUUAAAGCCAGCUUCAUUUGGUUUGGACCCGGCUGAGCUGUGUGCAGAGAGGAAAUCUCCCCCCAUCUACCGGUAAUGUGCUGAUAGUCUGGAAACAGGGCGGGCUUACGCUGCGACGCGCAGUGUGGUGCUCGGUAGUAAACUCGAUUGUGUGCGCAUCACCAUCAUCCAGCUCCAGCAUCUCUCUCCUCCAUCCAUCAAUCCAUCCAUUAACACAAGACUCUCCUGUCCUGCUCAUUGACCUUCAGGUCCUCCAGUUGAAUGGUGCAUGGUUGUUUUUGUCCGCUGUGGCUGCGCGUAUUGCUGCUGACGCUGAGCGAAGCGGAUACCUGUGCUGCAUUGGCAUCACUGCAGAGUGUUUUGGGGUGACAGCGCGUCCAUUCAUCGGGGUGUAUUGUGCCUGUGACAGCUAACCAUGGCGAAAACAGUCACAUCAUCCGGUGCAAUAACAGGGGAAAAGAUGGCCCCACCGUCCAUCACUCUACUUCCUGAGAAGAGAUCUCCGACAAACGGUCACAGCUCUCCAGCCCGAACCGGGAAAACUACUCCAUCCAACACAGAGAAGAAGCCACAAAUAAACGGACAUGCAUCACCUUCACACUUAGCAGCAAAUGCAGGUAAACAAAUUGUGGAGGGUUACAUGAAAACAGACGACAGGAUGCGAUUAGCCAAAGAGAGACGUGAGGAGAGGGAGAGAAGCCUGGCGGCCCGCGAGCAGCUGAUCAGGGAGAAGGAGCGCAGAGCUCGGCUGCAGUACGAGCGCACAGUGGAGGAACGCUGGAGGCGGCUGGAGGAGCAGAGGCAGAAAGAGGAGCUCCGCAGAGCUGCAGUGGAGGAGAAGAGGAGGCAACAGCUCGAGGAGGACAGGGAGCGACUGGAGGCCCUUAUGAAACGCUCUCUGGAGCGAAGCCUUCAGCUGGAGCAAAGGACCAAACGCUGGAGCAGAGGCUGCCCUGCAGGAGCAGGUGACAGUGAGAAUGCCCCACUCCCUUUCUCUGCUGCCUCCGCCUUUUCCCAUGGCAUUGCCUCCCCCCUUCCUGCUGUCAGCGAAUCUGCGCCCUGCAGCCCUCACAGGUCACCUUUCCGUGGUUCGCUGAACCCUGCAGAUCACAACAGAGCUGGACUUCAAGGAGGAUCUCAGUCCACCCCAAACACCCCCAAGAAAGAGCGGCUGCGCAGGGAGAGAAGAACUGGUUCUCCGUGUUGUGGAUCCCCUGUGAGAAGAUCCGAAUCCCCUGCUAGUGUCACGAGACACUUGGCUUCCCCGACUACCUCCAAGCUGGCAUCUAAAAUGCGUUCCCAGUCUCCUAGCAAUUCACAUCAGUACCAUUACUCUCCAACAAGACAUCGCUCACACCUGUCUCCUGAUGGUCUGCGGGCAGAAGACAAGAACAGCGACCAAUCCAAAGUGGUGAAGAGGAAUACAGACAUCAACAGCACGAAUGAGAAGAAUGUGGUCAACAAUGAAAUCGCCAAAUCCAAAUCAUCUAAAAGUGAAACCUUGGACAAGCAUCUCAAAGGUGAAACAUCUGAAAGAAAUCAGUCCCCAGUCAGGAAGGAGCACAUGUCCCCCAAAGUGGACUCCUCAGAGAAGAAGACGCAGAGCAACACUCAGGAUGGAGACAAGAAAAAAGAGGCAGCACCAUGUGCGUCCACGGGGAAGGUGGCAGCUGGCACAACAAACGCAGAGGAGGCAACCAGGCUGCUGGCAGAGCGAAGGCGCCAGGCUCGAGCUCAGAAAGAACUGGAGGAGAAAAAGCGGGAACAAGAUGAAGAAGAGCGACUCAGGGAAGAGCAGCGGAGGAAGCAGCUCGCACAGGAGCAGCGACAGCAGGAGGCACAGGCUCAACAAGUGAAGGAGGAAGAGCUUCACAGGCUGAAACAAGAAGAAGACAAACGAAAGAAGGAGCAGCAGGAGAAGGAGCUGCAGACUCAGAUGGACAAAGAGAAAGAAAAAAGCCAAGUCCUGGCUCAGGAGGACGCAGAACGUCAGCGGCAAGACAGAGAGCUGCAGAAGCAACAAGAAGAAGAGGAAAGACAACUAAGAAAAAAGAGAAUUGAGGAGAUCAUGAAGAGAACUAGGAAGGGUGAAGCUGACUUGAAGAAGGAGGAGCAGGUGGAGACGCAGCCCGUCUCACCACCAGGUGAAGUAAAGACGGUUCAAUCUAAUACUCAGGUGAAUGAGCAAGCAAUCAAAAAGGUUGGGUUUCAGGUUAAAGAGCAGGUCACAGUAAAGGAAUGUGCUACUGUGAAGAAAGAAGCAGCUACAGCAGCUGCAGCUGCAGCACAGAUGGACACUCAGAAGAGUUUGCAAGUCAAAAACAACACUCAAAAAGUGACACCGACACACAGUGUUCCUGACAAGAGACCAGACGCCAAGCAAGCCUGUGACGAGCAUGGCAGAGAGGGCAAAGCCUGCGUUCUCAAGCAGCAGGGGAGAGAGGAGGACAUGAAUGUGAACAAGCAGCACAGAGCACAUGUUAAAGCAGUGGACCAAAUAAAUAAAGAGCUGACAGCAGAUGCCAAAGUCCUCAAAAAGGAUGGUGGGAUGAUGAAUGGAGCCGUGAACAGCGGAGGAAGUGCCUUGAAGAGAAGCCAUGUAACUGCUGAGGUAAGCAAACAGCAAAGCCAACGUGUGACGACAGCUGCUAAAGGAGGGCCCCAGAUGGAGGUUGUUAGACCCCCUGUGGCCCCCCUGCCGCUGGGACACCUAUCCCCACCUGUCAUCAAGCUGGAGCCGCUGGAUGUGAAGGGAUCCGGUGAUGAGGUGCAGUCUAUGGAGGUCAGCCCUGCUUCAAGGGAAGAACUGAUUUCAAUCCCAGAGUUCUCACCAGUCAACGAGAUCCAGCACAGCAGUGUGAGUAACACCCGCGCUCUGGAAGACCUGAUGGACCUGACAGGCAGCGUCACCUACCCAAAACUGUCCUCUGAGGGCAACAUAGGCGACUGCAACAAGAACCUCAUUGAGGGUGUUGUUAGUCCCAUGUCGGACUCAAAGCUUAUUGGGAUGACGCCGCCAUCCUCAAAUAAACUUAGCAUCCAGUAGUGUGUUAAUCUCUCUAUUUUUCUUCCUAUCUCGCUUGCCUGUCUUUUCCCCUCUUUCUGUCACACACACUCACAGGAUGCUGCACUUUAAGUGUGUGCACCCGUGUCAAUCAUGGAUGGAUUAUUGAGAGGGCCCACUGGGCACAGGGGUGAAAAGUGUAAGCCACCAGCUGUCCUCUUCCUACAAAAUGUCACUUAAAGGGACAGGUACCAACCGGGAAGAGAGUCAAAAUGAUGAAGAAACAAAAGUUCCACACAGAGUCAAAAACAACUACAAAUAGAUACAAACCCACUGCAAAAAACAAAGACUGGCAAAGACUGCUAAAAGGGGCAAAACAACAAGAAAGAGGCUCGAAAUGACAGACACACAAAGUAACUAUAAAGAGAAUCAAAAUCACUACAAAGGCAAAACUACAAAAAAUAACUACAAAAAGAGAGAAACAACUCUAAAUAGAUUUAAAUUGGCUAAAAAGAGACAUGAAGUGACUCAAAAUGACUGCACCCAGAGAAAAAAAUAAGGACAAAAAGACAAAUUACAAAGUGACU